AUGGCCAGUGAGGAAUCAAGCUUCAGCAGGAAUACAAGAGCAUUGCGAAUCGCACUGCUCUCCGCCACCUCUGUUGCUUUGUUGGCGAUCCUGGCCAUCACUUUCUUCACUUCUCCCAAGGAAGAGGCUCAUGCACAGGAGCUCAUGUACGGGGGCCCGCUUUCGUUCGACAUGGUCCAUACCCACAUCCUCAACAUGAAGAUGCGCCGCUCGCGGCUCAAGGAGAGGCUCAAGGAGGCCGCCUUGAAGAGAAAGGAUAGAGAGCUUGCGCACGAGCACGGCUUCACCAGUGGAGGAGCCAAGAUGGGUUCGACUCCUCCUCUCCAGCAGCAAAUGUUCCAGCAGCCUCAGGGAGCUCCCAUGUACCCCGGACAGCCUCAGAUGCAGCAGCCCAUGUACGGAGGAUAUGCUCCUCCUCAGCAGCCGAUGUAUCAGCAGAUGCCGCAGCAGCCCAUGCAGCAGAUGCCGCAGCAGCCCAUGCAGCAGAUGCCGCAGCAGCCCAUGCAGCAGAUGCCUCCUCAAGGAUACGGGCAGCCUCCACAGCAGCAGGUUUCGACUGAUUCUCCCACUGCGCAUCAAGCUGAGAGUGAAACUCAGAUGUAUCAGCAGCAGCCUCCCAUGAACUACGAGCAGCCGCCUGAGGUCGAACAGCCAUCUCCCAUGUAUGCACAGAUGCCGCAAGCCCCAGCCUAUGGGCAGCAGCCUAUGUAUCCUCAGCAGAUGGCCCCAGGCCAGGCACCCCAGCUCGCGCAGAUGCCUCCUGCUAACCCCUGGGGUGGUGCCCCCAUGGCCGCUCAGGGUCUCACCCAGUCAGUUCCUGUUGAUGGACCCACGGAGUCCAGCGCUGAGGACAAGAUGCAGCAGCGUGCUCAAGCUGCCGCAUCCAUCCAGGCGUACGAGGCUUAUAUGCACGGAGCUGCCCCUGCGGCAAAGAAGUAA